AUGCAGGUUCCACGCAUUGCAAGCCGCCUGAGAGGGCUGGCCAUGGCUGAAUUGCCUCCCACAUACCUUGCGCCAUCUCUUCAUCGCCCCGUGACCUUCUCGCCGGUCCAAUCCUCGAGCUUUUCUUCCACUGCCCCCGUCGGCGCCAACCCUCGACGCGAUAAGAGCAAAAACCGUGGUGUAUCAGCCAUUAACAGAACCGGACCUCGAACCAGAUUGGUUGCGUCCCGAUGGCCUUUGCCCAAGCCUGUCUCGCCGGAAGAGAUGCAGCGUCGAGAGACCAACCCCAACCACGGACUCUGGGCCUUCUUCCCUCCUACUCGGGAAUCAUUGCCGCUCCCAGAGUAUGACAACGCACACGGUCGUUCAUGGGGUAUCCAAGAACUCCGCGAAAGGAGCUGGGAAGACUUGCACGCCUUGUGGCAUGUUUGCGUCCGAGAACGUAACCGCAUCGUCACAUCGGAUCUGGAGAGAACACGAGUUCGCGCCGGCUAUGGCGACUACGAAUCCCAGGAGCGGGACAAGGUGAUCCUAAGCACCAUGAAGAACAUGAAGCACGUUCUCCGUGAACGCUGGUAUGCCUACGAGGACGCUCAACGCAUGUUCGAGCGUGGAUAUCGCCCUGAGAACUUCCAUGGACUCGAGCAGUCUGCGCAGGAGACCGGAGCCCAGUAG